AUGGGCAAUCAAAACACUCAUAGUUCUGAGGAAGUGACAGAUACUCCUCCUACAUUAUCGUCAAGGCGUACAUCAAACAGUCGUCGAAGAUCACAUUAUAAAUUCAUUAAGAAAUAUUUCUCUUACUUUUCAAACAAUAACAGAUUAGAUGAUAAUUUAACUAAAAAACACUCGAAAUCAUCAAGUAAACAAUUUAAAAAUGUGAAUGAAAAACAUUUAAAAGAGAAUUUCGAUAAAAGUAUACCAAGUAAUAAUGUUCCCAGUUUAUCUCCUACGUUUUAUACUACUGAAAUAGGUGAUUUUGCUGGUUUCAGUAGUAACAGUAGCAAAAUUGAUAAUAAAUUUGAAAUAAAUUCAAACAAGACAAUAACAGAGAAACAACACCUCGAAGAAGACGAUAUUUUCCGUCGUAAUAGUUUAAGAAAGAGUCCUGAUAAAUGGGAUAAUGAUGGAUUCAAUCUCUUUCAAAUCCCUGUUUCACCUCCAUUAAUGUCUACUACGAAUGACAAAUAUCAUGAUUUACAAUCUGAUGAUGAUAAGUACACUGGUGAUUUCGGUGAAGAAAACAACGAUACAACAGAAGACAAAUCAACUUUUCAGAAGCUCUCUGUAAAUUGGUUAGAUCUAAGUCAUCAGAAUGGUCCAGUGGGUGAUACAAAGAAUUAUCCAAUUCUAUCGAAUUCUGAAAUUUAUAAAUAUGAAAUCAAUAGUAUGAAGCAUUAUUUCAAUGAUAAACAUAGAAUGGUUACAAUGGAUAUGCAUAAAAAAGCAACUCCUCAACUUGGUUUUAAAAGAAAAUCGGAUGGUACAUGGACUUAUACAGCUUACUUUCGUUCUGAUUCCUUUAAACCACCGAGUGUACAAAGUUUUAAUAAAUUAAUCAGACGAAUGCAUAGAUAUGCGUAUGGUUUAUCUCGAGUAUACAAAUGUUCAAUAUGUAUUGAACCUAAGUGCAUAACUUACCGCGGUUUCCUUGUUCAUAUUUUUCAGAUAAGUGGUGGAAAUCGAUACAAUGUCAUAAGAUGCCUUAAUGCUCUACCAGCUUUUGUCGAAGAACGUCUUAUAACAUCUUUAGAUAAAUAUUCAUUUAAAUGUUCUCCAGUUAUUCAACGAACAUGA